AUUCCAUCCCGUAUAUACCCUUAGUAGAAGAGAAAGAUAACUGAAGAAAUGGCUGAGGAACGGUCUCUUAGAACAUACCGCGCGAACUGCCAUUGCGCAACCUACGUGUACGAGGUUAAUCUCCCCGAGAACAUCAAAAACGGGUUGAAAUUCAAUUCUAGUUACUAUAGCAAGAUUGAUGGUAUAUACCAGUGUACUCAAAGUAGUGACGACAUCAAGUUCGUGAAGGGUGAUCCGGCCACCUUAUCGAGCUACAACUUCGGAGCUGCUAGGCAUCAGUUCUGUCCGAAUUGCGGUACCCAUCUCUUCCGAGUUGACUCCAAGACCUAUGUAAAUAUUCGUGCUAUCCAAAACAUCCGCGUGCGGGAUCUAGAUACGAAAUCUAUUGAUGAUCCGGAACCAACAACUUGGACUCCGCCUAAAUUCACUGGCAGUGAACCUCCGGCCAAGAUCGAAGAUGCCAAAAUCUAUACGGGCGGUUGUCACUGCGGAGCAAUAACCUUAGCCCUGAAGUCGAAGCCGAUUGAUAGCACAUAUGAAGCGAGUCUACUUGAAUGUGACUGUAGUAUAUGUACUCGGAACGCGUACCUCUGGAUCUACCCAUCUAAAUCCCAAGUCAUCAUCACAGGCGCUUCUAACUUCGGAUACUACUCCUUCGGCCGCGGGAUCUGGAAGAAGUCGUUCUGCAGGACUUGCGGCGUGCCUAUCCACAACCACAUCGACGACUACACGCCUGAGCAGAUCGCCGAGCUGCCUGAGGAUAACCGCGAGUGGGCUGUUGAUCACUUGGACUGGUCUCCGAUCAACCUAAGAGUUUUAGAUGGAGUUGACUUGGACGAGCUGCCCGUUCGGCGCAUAGAAGGGUCUAAGUUCGGAAAAGUGCCGUAUAUAAAUCCCUGAAUACUCUUGUUCAUGCGCAAGGAUGUAUUACAAUCAUAUGAUAGUGCUUGUUAGCGGAAAAGUAAUAGUCUUGGUUGCAUGGAGACUUCAAGCAGUCAGAUAUUGGUAGUUGCUAGCAAAAGAGCAAAUGGCAUGGGUUUGAACCCCAAUACCAAGGUAGAUAGAUAGCUAUGGAGUCAAGAAAAUAUCGAUAUUAAAUAACUCAUAUGAUGGUGGGUAUGGGCUUUGCAAAAUAACAAAAAGGAUUUGCAACUCUUAAAUAAUUAGAGAAAUCGAAAAAGAAAUGCAUCAGCCGCGAA